UGUUACACACGACCUCACUCUGUUGUGACUUAGCGUCAAAUGUCUUCCUGUUGUCCGAAUUAUCUCACGUACCAGUAGUAUUAAUUUCAUUAGUGAACGAAGGAGAACUGCUUAGAAGAGAACCCCGCACGGCUAUAUCAAAUUUGGCACGACACAGUUUGUCGUCUUGUCUACGUCUGUUAGUUAGCAAAGUCAUUACGAGGAAAAUAAGAUUUCUCCACCCAGCCUUUGACGUGAAGGAUCUGCGACUCCCAUCCCUACUGUAGUAGUUGAAUUUUUAAUUUUUGUUCACACUACGACGACAUCGCAUUGAACUUAUUUUUCAUCUAUAAGGGUGGUUUAUCUCCAUUUGCAGGAAAGGGUCAUCAAAAUAAGAACAUCUAUCGACAUGUCUAAGAAGAACGGACUUAUAACUUCUUCAUUCAAGGUUGUGAAGAAAGCAAGAAAUGUAGCAAAGCGGAAUGAGAGGCCUGCUUCUCCACCACAGGAUACUGAAAAUUCUUCACGUCAUGAAGAGGAACAAAAACUGAGACAGUUUGACCUGGACUGGAGAUUUGGCCCCAGUACAGGUAUCAGCAGGCUCCAGAGAUGGGACAGGGCAAAGCUUCAUGGUUUGAAUCCCCCGGAGGACAUCCGAGACUUGCUGCUUCUAAAACAAACUGAUAAAGACUACAAUCUGAGUUUAUGGAGUGAAUAUCCUCUGUGAUGAAUCAAGACGAUGAAAACUUGGGCAUCAGUCAGUGUUUGAGUUGUAUGUACUAAAACAAUAAGUAUAGUCACAUACGUACACUACUGUACACAAAGUUACAUACACUUCCAAUUGCAUGGCUAAUACACUUCGUAAUAGAGAUUUAUAUGGUUAUCUUUAGUAUAGUUGGUAGAGAAUCAUGGCGUCCAUUCUGUACAACGUCAUUGUUAAUGUAACUAACUUUAUAUGUCAUGAUAAAGCAUGGGAUGAUUAGCUUUUUGAAUGGAUACUGGAUGUUUUUUUUUUUUUUUUUUUACUGUUUUUGUUUUUGGUUUUUGACCAGUUCAUGUCACCGGUUGUCCACUGCUCAUUUUCUGUUCCGACCAAUCAGUUCAUCAUCUACCUCUUGUGUUACCCUACUGUUCCUUGUCUUGUUACCCCUGCCUGUAUUUAACUCGCCCGUUGUAGUUCAGUCCUUGUUUGGUCAUUGUCCAUGCCAUACCCCUUCUUCCUGUGUUUCCGGCGUUCGUUCUGCUAAUGUUGCCGGUAAGAAAUUAUUCAAUAAUUUGUCUUUGGUUUGCACAUUUUGUAUUUUUAAUAACUUUUUGCUGAAUAAAUAAACCUAGUUUUGCACCAACUUCUCUGUU